GUCUUCAAAUAAAUCCAGAGUGAGUGCAAGAAACAGUGAGAGUGAGAGACAGCAAAAGAGCGAGAGUGAGAGACAGCGAGAGAGCGAGAGAAAGGGUUGACAUGAAACAGCCUGCAUUGAAUUCCAAGCUCAAGCAGACAGAUGGGCAGCUCUUCUUCUAUUUGCUAAACCACUUGAUUAGCAAAAAGACCGCCACACGCUCAUCCCACAACAGAAUCAUCCUUAGACAACAUUAGAGACCUACAGUAAAGCUGUCAUCCACGGGGUUGCAUGUAAACGUAUAUCACCAUGAACACCGCAAGCAUAACCAUCAUUCUGCUCACCCUUCUGUCCAUCUUCUCAACAACUGAAGGRAUAAAGCAACCACUGGUUCUACGCUGCCUUUGCCCCAAAGUGCAGGCUGGUCUUAUUCCUUUCAGGGAUUUGAAGAGUGUGUGGCACUUCUCUCCUCGCCCACACUGUUCAAAGACUGAAGUCAUUGUCACACUCAAAAGGGGAGGUCAACUCUGCCUGGACCCAAAGAAACGUUUGGUGAAGAUUCUGGUGGAGAGAUCAACCAAAAGAAUGCGGGAAAGCAAACGUUCUAAAGAGGUUGGAAGCGUCACUCCUGCCCUGUUACACUUGUCAACCAAAUGAUGGACAUGAUUCAACUGGACUGCCUGCCCAGUGCYCAAUUCUGAUGCAUCCACUAGAAUACUAUGAAUCCUAUUGGGAUUUURCACUUGGAAAUAAUUAUCUUGAGUGGAAGGGUAAAUGUGGCAUUGUAUGCCCAUUUUCUCUAUCCAUGCAUGACUUCAUUGCUGUCUCAUAUAUCACACCCUAAUAUAUCAUGUUAUAUGAAUAAUAUGUCUAUUCAUUGUUUUAGUAUGUUUAUUACAUAUAAUAUGUUUUACUACUUAUAUGUUCAUUAUAUCUUCAUCUGUGAAAAACACAGGUAGGGUCAGAAGGAGGAGUCCUUAAGAAGAGAGCUGCAUAUAGGUAACUGAAAAUAGUCCUUUAUAACAGAACUUAAAGACAGUGUCUGUCUAUUGAUGCUUUCAUUUUAUAACUUGUCCAAGCAAGCAAAUAAAAACAAAAUAUUCAUA